AUGACUGAGCAAUAUGUCUAUUUCUUCGACGAAAUCGACAAAGUCGAAGCAAAAGUCGGUGGAAUGGACAAGGUGAAGAACCUUCUCGGAGGUAAAGGAGGAAAUCUUGCUGAAAUUGCUCGUCAGGGAAUUCCAGUUCCACAUGGAUUUACAAUUUCAACAGAAGCAUGCACAAUUUUCUACAAACAAGAUCCACCAGCUUUACCCGAUUCAAUUUGGGAAGAAAUUAAUCAAAAAAUUAAAGAACUCGAAACAAAAACAGAAAAACAGUUCGGAUCAGAAGAAAAACCACUUCUCGUUUCAUGCAGAUCAGGUGCACGCGUUUCCAUGCCAGGUAUGAUGGAUACAGUGCUUAAUAUCGGUCUCAACGAUGUUACUUGCCAAGCAAUGAUAAAUUUAACUCAAAAUCCACGUUUCGUUUGGGAUUCAUACAGACGUCUUCUCCAAGGAUAUGGCGCAAUUGUUAUGGGCAUUCCUGACGAGAAAUUCGAAGCAGCACUUAAAGCAAUGCAAACAGAAAAAGAAUACAAGUCAGAUAACGAUGUACCAGCCGAAGAUUGGGAAGCUCUUGUUGGAACAUACAAACAGAUCAUUGAAACUGAGAAAGGAGCACCUUUCCCACAAGAUCCGAUUGAACAGUUGAAAGGAGCCAUUAUGGCUGUCUUCCAAUCAUGGAACUCCGAGAGAGCCAUCGAAUACCGUAAGAGAUUCGGUUUCUCAGACGAUUGGGGCACUGCUGUUAACGUUAUGGCGAUGGUUUUCGGAAAUAUGGGCGAAACAUCAGCGUCAGGCGUUACAUUUACUCGUAAUCCAUCUACAGGCGAAAAUAAGCUUUGGGGUGACUUCCUUGUCAAUUCUCAAGGCGAAGAUGUUGUUGCAGGUGUUAGAACACCACAGCACAUCGAUCAGCUCGAACAAGUAUUGCCAGAAGUAUACAACCAAUUACUCGAAAUUGGCCACAAGCUCGAAGGUUUCUUCAAAGAAGUUCAAGAUAUCGAAUUUACAAUUGAAAACGGGGUAUUAUGGAUUCUCCAAACAAGAAAUGGCAAGAAAACAUCCAAGGCUAUUAUCAAAUGCAACGUAGAUCUCGCGAAAGAAGGAGUAAUUACAAAAGAAGAAGCUCUCAAGAGAGUUACUUCAAAUGAUAUCGAAACAAUACUACAUCCUCACUUCGAAAAGAGUGAUUUAGAUUCUGCAGCUUCUAAACUCUUUACUACAGGCGUAAAUGCAUCUCCUGGAGCUGGAGUCGGCCAAAUUUACUUCGACGCCGAUAAAUGUAAAGAGAUGGCUGGACAAGGCCAAAACGUCAUUCUUGUCCGCCAAUUUACAAAACCAGAUGAUUUCGGUGGAAUGGUCGUUUCAAAGGGUUUGUUUACAGCAGAAGGCGGUGCGGCUUCUCAUGCAGCUGUCGUUGCCCGACAAGUUGGUAUACCAGCCGUUGUUGGUUGCUCAUCAAUUAACAUAGAUGCAGAUGCAAAAACAGUUACAUGUGGAGAAAACGUCCUUAAAGAAGGCGAUUUCGUAAGUAUCGAUGGCUCAACAGGCCAAGUCUUUAUGGACCAAAUCCCUAUGGUCGCUCCAAAUAUUUCAGAACAAGAAGAUCUCCUUGAAUUACUUAAUUGGGCAGAUGAAAUAUGCGAAAAGAAUGAUGGCAGAGAAUCAAUAAACCAAAGACCAACUCGUGGCCUUAAAGUCCUUGCAAAUGCAGAUACUCCUCAAGAUGCAGAAAAAGCCAAGCAACUUGGUGCAAAAGGAAUUGGUCUUUGCAGGACAGAGCACAUGUUUUUGGGCGAUAGAACGCAAUACGUCCAGAAAAUGGUUAUGGCCGAAAAUGAAGAUGAAAGAAAAGAAGCCAUGGAUGAAUUAUACAACUUCCUUGAAGAAGAUUUCCUGUCAAUGUUCGAUACAAUGAGCGGAUUACCUGUUAUUGUCAGGUUAUUGGAUCCUCCAUUGCACGAAUUCCUUCCAGACAUGUUAGAAACUGCUGGCGAAAUAGCUGCAGCCAAAGAGAGGAACAAAUUGGAAGGAAAGGACAAAGAAAAAGAGGAAAACGAAGACGAUGAAGAUGAUGAAGAUAAACAGAAAGAGAAAUUAUACCAAAACAUCCUUAAAUACCAUGAAACAAACCCAAUGACAGGCUUCAGAGGUGUUAGAUUAUGCUUGUUAAUUCCAGGAUUACUUGAAAUGCAAGUUCGUGCAAUUGCAAGCGCCGCCUGCAAGCUUAAAGCCGACGAGAAAGAUCCAAUUGUUGAAAUCAUGGUUCCUUUAGUUUGUACAGAGGAAGAACUUAAAGUUGUCAAAGAAAUCAUGGAUAAAGAGAUCGAAAGUGUCAUGAAAGAGAACGAAAUAAAGAAUCUGCAUAUCAAAUACGGUACAAUGAUUGAAGUACCACGUGCUGCAUUGAUUGCAGAUAAGAUUUCCCAAUACGCGGAAUUCUUCUCUUUCGGAACAAAUGAUUUGACACAAUUAGGUUUCGGAUACAGCCGUGAUGAUGCUGGUUUCAUACAGACAUAUAGAAGCAAAGGAAUGAUACAGACAAAUCCUUUCCAAACAAUAGAUAAAGGUAUUGGAAAGUUGAUGAAAAUCGCAACAGAAAGAGGAAGAAAGACAAGACCAGAUUUGACUGUUGGAAUUUGUGGUGAACACGGCGGUGACCCAGAAACUAUUAAGUUCUGUCACUCAAUAGGUAUGGAUUAUGUGUCUUGCAGUCCACUUAGAAUUCCUGCCGCUAGAUUUACUGCUGCACACGCUGUUCUUGAUGCUCAAAAAUAA